AUGUCUUAAACACCGAAAGAUCCAAACAAUAACGGAUUAAAUUGCUGGGUUUACCUGAUUUAGUGUAUUCUAUACCAGACUUUAUUUACUUGGUCUUUCACAGUAUUUAUGUUGGUUUCCCUAGUUAAUUCUGUGCAUAUUUGUUAAAUUUGGAAUUGCUACACAAAAUAUGUAAAUGAACAUAAAAAAGAAUAAAACAGAGGGACAUACACACACUUCUCCUGAGGUGGAUCCCAGUAAUGCAUCAGAAGAACUGCAAAACAACACAAACUUGGCCAGCUCUGAGGACCAAACAGGACAGUCAGACAAAUCAGAGAGGAGCUCCACACUGCCGUUUCCGUCGGACUCUGUAACCAGGAGCCGUCUAGAUGCGGACGAUAUCAGCACAUGUUCCAGUGCCUCCUCCUCAACUAACACAUACGUGGUCAGUAAGCGGUUUCCUGUCCGCCCGGGAAUAGCAUGGAGGAAGGGCGAGCGACUUGAGGCCAUGGAUUAUAGCUCAAAAUGGUACCAGGCUAAGAUAGUGGAUAUUGAUGAGGAAGAACUGAUGGUGAUGAUUCACUUUGAUGGCUGGAAUCAGCGGUACGAUGAAUGGAUUCUGAUGAACUCAGAAAAACUCAGACCCAAAACAAGACAUUCAUCACGCAAAGAAAAACAGAAGCAAUCGGACUUCAGAGUGGGAGACCACGUGUAUGCUAAGUGGACAGACUGCAAAAUGUAUCCAGGAAAAGUCACAGCUGUAUAUUCAGACGAUUCGUACAACAUUCUGUUUUACGACGGAUUUAAGAAGACUGUUCAGGGUAUCAACAUUAAGAUGAUGCCUAAAGAACUACAGCAGAAGAAAAUUGAGAUUGUGCAUGUUUUACCAAAAGAUGAAAGGAAAAAAUCCACGGAGGAGGAAGCAGAUGUUAAUCUACCCAAGAAGAGGAGGAGUUCUUCAAUAUAUUCCAGAAGAGAGAGAGACAGUAUAGAAAAACCACCCAAAAAUGUGGAAUCUACAAAGAGGAUGGCAGAAAAGGUGUCCGAGAAAAUGUCAAAGAGUACGUCCAGCGAUGAGGGGAAAAGAAAGUCAAGUACUGAUCGUAGACGAACAAAAAUGGACAAAAAAAAGUUGAUUGUGGCGGGAUCUUUGUUUAAGAAACGAGAUCGAUCCACAUCUUCUGAGAGGUCAAAGACUGGUAGUUGUUCCAGCAAAGAUCUCACAGCUGAUGAUAUGGUAGAGAGCACAGGUAUUAAGAUAGAACAGCAGCAUGUUGAGUCAGAAGACGCAGGGGGUUCAACAGAACAGCCUCCUGGAGAGGACUCCAGUGUUCAGGCUACACAAUCUGCAGAGAGAUUCGGUGGAAAAGAGUUAGAAGAAGAAACCGUACCUGAAGCAUCAGAAAAUGAAGCAAUGACCCAGAGCUCCAUAGAUACUGCCACUUCUCUAUCAGUCCCUUCCCCAGGUCCGACUGAGCAACCAGUGGCGGGUCUUAGCUCCACGGAAAGUCCUGUGGCGACCUCCAGCUCUGCAGAGACUCCUUUCUCGGAUCCCAUCAUUACAGCACCACCUGUUGUGGGCACUAGCUCAGCAGGACCUCCUGGGCCCCCCAGUACUCCCGUACCCGUGUCAGCUCCAACCACCCCUUUAACGACACCUGUAUCCUCCAUGCCCCCCUCCCCGGCUAGCACAUUAUCAGCGAUGUCGUCCUCACCCUCCACCCCAAAAGUGUCUCCUUGUGUUAAAUCAGACGUGGCAUCCUCAGGUGGCCCCACCCUGGAGCCUGCCAUCCCAACACACACACCCAGAAGCAAAAAGGAGAAGAAAAGUCGUAAACAGUCAUUUUCACCCAUAGGUCAAACGGAAUCUGGGGAGAAUUCUGCAAGAAAGAGAAGUAAAUCAACAGACAAGGGAGAGAAAUCUGACCAACAUCAGUCAAGGAAACGCAGCAGGUCCACAAACGAGAAAGCAAACUAUAUCCUUGUUCCGGAGACAGUGCCCCCUCCGAAGGCCUUUGUGAUAGAAUCAGAGCACAAUCACUUCAAAUGUUCAUUUGAAAACUGUAACAAAGCAUUCCGUAAGGAAAGCUUGCUGGAAUCUCAUGUCAAGUUCUACCAUUCCAAAGAGGGCAAACCACCACAAAACCCGCCUCGCAAACGCAGGAAAACGUCCAGUAUCUGUUCCACAGAUUCAGAUGUCUCUGUAACACACAGACAGAGGUACCCCUCCAGUGGUUCUAUGUGCCGACCCAGCACCUCAACAGAAGGCACCACUGAAGUGUCCGGCACAGACCCACUCAGCAUAGAGGGGCAUUAUCUAUCUGAAGGUCCAAAGUCCACAUCAGUCAGUCAUGAUGUCAUGGUAACAGAAGAAUCCAUGGAAACAGAGUUUGAGGAUACCUUGAGUAAAGAUGAAGUCGUUAACUGCAUUUGUCGAUUUAAUGAGGAGAAUGGAUUGAUGAUUCAGUGUGAUGUGUGUUUGUGCUGGCAACAUGCAGUCUGCUUCGACAUUACUGAAAACACGUUACCCAAGAAGUACAUUUGUUUUGUCUGUGAAAGUCCUCCAGGUAUCAGAGACAGCUGCACAUACCUACAUGACCAGGAUUGGCUGAAGCUAGGCCACAUGGCUCAUUUUGGAUUUUUGCUCAAUCAGGAGGAAGAUGAAAGUUGCUGCAGAACAGUUCAAGCCACACAUGGUCUUGUUGGUGACCUCCACAAUGCGACAGCCGUACUUUACGGUUUGAAGCAGAAGCUUAAAUCUGCCAGGAAGAAGGACAAAAAGGACCCAAUGCUAAGGAUGUGGCUACAGAAUCUCGAUGACGUUCAUUUUGACCCAUUAGACCACGACGCAGACAGCGAGAAUGAAGAAAUGGUGAUGGACACUUCCAUCUCCAUGAACCAUUCUAAACAGCAAGAAGAUUUCAUACAGGAACAGAAGCCUGAAUUAGAGUCCGUGAGUCAUCCGAGGCUGAAGGCAGAGGAGGAUGUUAGUGAUAGUUCUACCCACAAUACAGAGAUGAAAUCGGAAGAGCAGGAAGCCAUUCCAGGAAGAAAGGAAGGAGAAAUGAAUAAUGGAAAUCUCUCGUCAAAUAUUGAUAUUGAUACAAAAAAUAUGGACAAUGGCCCAGAUAACUCUGAGGCAGAUUUUACACAAAAGUGCAAAACUGAAAAAGAGGGCACUGCAACACAAGAUGAAAGUCCAAAUCAAAACACUGGAUACUCAGACCAAGGGCUAAAUCAAAAUACUGGACAGACAGACCAAGGGCUAGGAUCCAACAAUGGGGAAACAUCUGAAGAGAACAAAUCCAAACCACCGACAGAUGUGGAGGAGAAAACAUCUGAAUCAUCAAAGCACAGAGGUCACAAUGAUGUAGCAAAGCAUGUGAUCUCCAGUACUGAGAGAGCAGAAGUAGGGACCAGUCGUUUUACCACAGAUACAAGUGAAGUGUUAGCAACAAGUGGGGAAGGAAUGAAACCAGUACAAAAGGAGGAAUCAAAUUCCACGAUUACUGACAACAUGGACCAGUCUCAGUCACUCCAUAUGAAAUCAAAAGCCACAGCAAAUCAAGGCAAAGACCCAUCUCAGUCCCUCCAUACUGAAGUGAAUUCCACAAGGACUGACAAUACAGAGAGACCCCAUUCUCUCAAUACUGAACUUCAGCUGGGAUUCCCAUUGGAGGCCUCACUAAGUUCAGAGGUCAAAGUGGAAGACAUGUGUGACCUUUUGAACUGUGUGGAGGUUGUGAAGGAGGAUCCAAUCAAACACUGUGAGAGAAACUUAUUGGAGCACAUUCUCCGUGUUCAGACAGAGCUUGAACAGAGACUAGACCACAUAGAGGAACAAGUGUGUGCACUGGAGGCAGCUGAUUCUAACUUUGUCGCUUCUGGUCCGUCAGACCGUGACCUCCUCUCUGAUGUACCCACUCUAAAGAAGACACUGUAUCUACUACAACAUGACUUAGUACGCAUCCAAAGGAUGGCAGCCUACCAUAGAUAAUGGAUAAAAGCUUACCAUUAAUAAAGGACACCAGCCUAGCAUAAAUAAAGGACACCAGCCUAGCAUCAGUAAAGGACACCAGCCUAGCAUCAGUAAAGGACACCAGCAUACCACUGAUAAAGGAUUACAGCCUACAAUCCACAAAACAUAAACAGAUACAACCAACACAUACAUGUACCAUCAGAUAUGCCACCAUCAGUCGAUACCAGUUACCCAACACACGGGACUACAUGUCGAUACCAGUUACCCAACACAUGGGACUGCAUGGUGCAGAUUCUGCUGAUGAUUACAUUCUACAGAUAACCCUGACCAGCUGAAGCCGGUUACAGAUAACACUGACCAGCUGAAGCCGGUUACAGAUAACACCUGAAGCCGGUUACAGAUAACACCUGAAGCCGGUUACAGAUUACACUGACUAGCUGAAGCCAGCUACAGUCAACAAUCACCAGGUGAAGCUGGAUGCACUGUGGUCUCGCCGGACAUGUUCCGUCAAGAGCUGACAAGGUGGUUCAUCACUCUGUAGAUUUAGGCCUGUUGUUGGUGAUGGGUUGUCUCAGAUGAUGUGUGUUAGAGAAAAACUAUUUCAUAGUGUACUUCUCCGUUCUUUAGAGAAAAUAUUUAUGUGUUUUUGACAUAAUAAAAAUUUCUUCUACAAGAUAAA